CCUACUGAAGGGAAACUCCUACAUAAAAAAACAAUUUCUGUCUAUUUUGUACAUGCAACAGGGACUUGGUAAACAAUUCAUGGUGAAUUCAAAUUGAUAUAUUAAAUUUGGAUUUUAUUUAAUCCUGACAACACUUGACUUGGGUGUAAUGCAAACCCCCAUCAAUAUCCCACUGGGCCGAACAAUUUAUUACUCGUGAUAUCAGUGACGUGUUCGGCUAGUGAUUUUGUAAGAAGUCCCAGGAAUUCGAGAAAUCGCAAAACCACGAUGUUUUUGGUUUAUUUGUCAAUUUUGUUUAUUUCCUUUGGUAAAAUCAAGGCUGCGUCAGAUUGCCAACAAAAUGCACAACAAAACUGCAACUGCACCUUUUCGGAGGAAAGCGUGUUUGACACGAGAUCAGAAAUCAUGGCGGCAUCCAUUGGAGCAAUGUCACCCCUUCUUCUAACCGGAAUCGGCUUUGCAAUUUGGAAGUAUAUCCAAAGCAAAGCUCAAGACAUCCCAUUUGAGCGAGCACCAUCGGACAUCUCUGAUGAUUAUUAUGAACAGAAGCGCGGAUCAAAGGGAAGAGUUAGUCCGUUAGGGUCAGAUUAUAACUACGCCCGCCGUGGAUCCACACCACUUUCUAUUACGGACACAGAAAACGAGUAUUACAUCUCCGAAACUCCCACCUCGGAAACACCAUUGUCAGAGAUGAAUCAGGACGAAAGAUGGAGGGCACCUACCAGAGCACAGCCGCCAUCAAACAAUGGCCGCGUAGUUGUCGCGCCAGCUAAAUCUGACGCUCUCAAUGGAUGGAUGUUCUAAAAAAAAAAGUGAAGCGUUGUCGGUAUUCUCUCUUGAAGCAUAAUGUUUUAAUUUUUAAAAAA